CACACACCUGAAACAGACCUACUCGUACACUCGCCACACAUUUCUGUGGCUCCGCACUUAUAGUUGAUGAAGUUAGGAGGGACAAGAGAAUGGGACCACGCGCAGCAGCUGAUCCAUCCAAACAGGAGAAGAUUGUGUCUAGGGGUCGUCAUGGUAGCAGGAGACAUGGUUAUCAGGACGAUUCUCCUGUACUUCAUAACCCAAAGUCAGUGUUAAAGAGGCAGGUGAGUCCAGAAGAGCUGCAAACACCUGGAGGAAAGUAUAUAAGCAGGACUUUCACUAUUGUUGGUGAUGCGGUGGGCUGGGGGUUUGUCGUGAGGGGCAGUAGCCCAUGUCACAUUCAGGCUGUUGACCCCAGUGGACCGGCUGCUGCUGUAGGAAUGAAGGUAUGUCAGUUUGUAGUAUCUGUAAAUGGACUGAACGUUUUGGAGCUGGACUAUAGGACAGUCAGCCACCUCAUCCUUACUGGACCACGCACCUUCGUCAUGGAGGUCAUGGAACCACUUGACCACUGAACUACUGAGGAAGCUACUGAAGGAAUGACUCUAGGAUGCCCAUAACCCCAUAUUCACAUUGGUUGUAAGGUGCUAGUGUAUUUACAGCAAUUUUCUCUAAGUCAAUAGUAACAUUAAAGAAAACUAUGUAAAGACAUGCAGUGAAAAUGAAGUUGCAGGCCAAAUGUCUCACAACCAUAGAAUUAGAAAAUGCUCAUGUGAACGACUCAGCAUGCACACUAAUAACUGGAGCUGGUCCAUCAAAGAAAGUUGCUCUAGAAGUAUUGCUGUGGAAAGACCCAAAGAGUUUACUACACUGCUAUAAAGUUUAUUUGCUUAUAUUGAAAGAAACAGGACACUGAUCAUUUGAAUAUUUGCCAUCUAUUCUCAGUUGUCUUAACUGUAGUCAAAGUAGACAAAUGUUUAAAAAAAAAAACUCUUUUCCUCUUAGCACUGACAGUGAACCAGGGUUUAACUUUAUUCAGUUUGUCUGUAGUGUACACUGCUCACUUCUCAGCUCAGGUCAAAUGAAGAUCACAUGUCAUGAGUGAAAAAAAGU